CACUGUCUUCAAUUCUUCACAAUGUCGAGCCUCUUAACAUACGCGCACCUCCCCUUCAAAUCCCCUUAUCCUACGAAUCCUCGCCGGACACUGACCCUAACUUCGGCAAUCUCUUCGCCGGAAAAGAGACCACGGCGGAAGAAAAAAACAAAGCAGCCUAAGGAAGACAGCUUCGUCGCCGUCACGGCGGUGUCGGCCGGCGAGAAGGCUCUGAGACUGACGUUCAUGGAGGAGCUAAUGGAGCGCGCCCGGAGCGCCGAUACCGCCGGAGUUUCCGAAGUGUUCUACGACAUGGUUGCCGCCGGGCUCAGCCCUGGCCCUCGCUCGUUCCACGGCUUGAUCGUGUCUACCGUUCUCAAUGGAGACGAUGAGGGCGCGAUGCAAUCAUUGAGGAGAGAGUUAAGUGCAGGUCUUCGGCCUCUCCAUGAAACAUUUGUGGCAUUGAUUCGGUUGUUUGGUUCCAAAGGGUAUGCUACCAGAGGCUUAGAAAUCCUGGCAGCUAUGGAAAAAUUGAACUUUGACAUCCGCAAAGCUUGGCUAGUUCUUGUUGAGGAGCUUGUUAGGCAUAAUCAUCUAGAAGAUGCCAACAAGGUGUUCCUGAAGGGUGCCAAAGGUGGGCUCAGAGCUACAAAUGAGCUAUAUGAUCUUUUAAUCGAGGAAGACUGUAAAGUCGGGGACCAUUCUAAUGCCCUAACCAUUGCCUAUGAAAUGGAGGCAGCUGGGCGUAUGGCAACCACUUAUCAUUUCAACUGUCUCCUUAGUGUGCAGGCAACUUGUGGAAUACCUGAAAUAGCUUUUGCAACAUUUGAGAAUAUGGAAUAUGGAGAAGAUUACAUGAAACCUGAUACAGAGACAUAUAAUUGGGUGAUCCAAGCAUAUACCAGGGCUGAAUCCUAUGAUAGGGUGCAAGAUGUUGCUGAGUUACUUGGUAUGAUGGUCGAAGACCACAAACGCUUACAACCUAAUGUGAAGACCUAUGCGCUGCUGGUGGAGUGCUUGACCAAGUAUUGUGUAGUACGAGAAGCUAUACGACAUUUCCGUGCCCUUAAAAACUUUGAAGGGGGAACUAAAGUUUUGCAUGAUGAAGGGAACUUUGGGGAUCCACUUUCUUUGUAUCUUCGGGCUUUAUGUAGGGAAGGAAGGAUUGUUGAGUUACUAGAUGCUUUAGAAGCCAUGGCCAAAGAUAACCAACCAAUUCCACCAAGAGCCAUGAUUUUGAGCAGAAAAUACCGUACAUUAGUUAGCUCAUGGAUUGAACCUUUACAAGAAGAAGCUGAACUUGGAUAUGAGAUUGAUUACAUAGCAAGGUACAUUGCAGAGGGAGGGCUUACUGGUGAUCGCAAGCGAUGGGUUCCACGAAGAGGAAAGACUCCUCUUGAUCCUGAUGCCCUUGGAUUUAUUUAUUCAAACCCAAUGGAAACUUCCUUCAAACAAAGAUGUCUCGAGGAUUGGAAGAUGUACCAUCGAAAGCUUUUGAAAACAUUAAGGAAUGAAGGACUUGCAGCCUUAGGGGAAGUAUCAGAGUCAGAUUAUAUCAGAGUAGAGGAGAGACUGAGGAAAAUAAUAAAGGGUCCUGACCAAAAUGCUUUAAAGCCCAAGGCAGCUAGUAAAAUGAUAGUAUCUGAACUGAAGGAAGAAUUGGAAGCACAAGGUUUGCCAACUGAUGGAACUAGAAAUGUGCUCUACCAGCGGGUGCAAAAGGCCAGGAGAAUAAAUCGAUCACGUGGUCGUCCCCUUUGGGUUCCUCCUGUGGAGGAGGAGGAAGAAGAGGUUGAUGAAGAACUAGACGAAUUAAUUUCACGGAUAAAGCUGCAAGAAGGUAAUACAGAGUUCUGGAAGCGUCGCUUCCUUGGAGAGGACUUGACUGUUGGUCGUGGAAAGCCUAUGGACAAGGAGAAUUCAGAACUUCCAGAUGUUCUGGAUGAUGCUGAUAUUGGAGAGGAUACUGCAAAAGAGGUUGAAGAUGAUGAAGCUGAUGAAGAGGAAGAGGAAGUGGAGCCAACUGAAAGCCAAGUAGCAGACAGAGUCAAGGACAAGGAAGUUGAAGCUGCGAAGCCUCUUCAAAUGAUUGGAGUCCAACUAUUAAAAGAUUCUGAUCAAACUACUCCUGCAACGAGAAAAUCAAGGAGAAAGUUGUCUCGCGCAUCAAUGGAGGACUCUGAUGAUGAUGACUGGUUUCCUCUAGACAUACAUGAGGCGUUUAAAGAGAUGAGAGAGAGAAAAAUUUUUGAUGUAUCAGACAUGUACACAAUUGCUGAUGUUUGGGGUUGGACUUGGGAAAAAGAACUGAAGAACAAACCUCCUCGUAGUUGGACACAGGAAUGGGAAGUUGAGUUGGCAAUCAAAGUAAUGCUGAAGGUAAUAGAAUUGGGUGGGACACCAACUAUUGGAGACUGUGCUAUGAUACUGCGAGCAGCUAUAAGGGCUCCUCUCCCUUCAGCCUUCUUAAAAGUCUUGCAGACAACGCACAAACUCGGUUACGUCUUUGGGAGUCCCCUUUACAAUGAAGUCAUCAUUCUAUGUCUGGAUCUUGGGGAACUGGACGCAGCCAUAGCCAUAGUUGCAGACAUGGAGACUUCUGGAAUUGCAGUCCCGGACGAAACCCUGGACAGGGUGAUAUCUGCUAGGCAGAUGAUUGAUACUGCUGCCACUGAUGACACAUCAUCACAGCAAUAACAACAGGUAUUUCUUGUAUAUUCCCCUUUCCUUAGGAACCAAAAACAUCAUUUUGCAUGCAGAUCUGCCCUGUGCCAACCACUUGCAUUUUUCAAUGUCGCAAGAUCAUACCUGAAAUUGGUAGUUGUAGUGUAACUGUAAGGUUAACUACUACAUUAACAUAUGAAAAUUUUCAAAUUUGAACUUAAUUAUGAUUUAAGCAAUUAUUUGGUAA